AUGAAAAACACCAUAAGUCAAAUACCAAAACCUAUCUACAACGAUCGCAUCACGGGUUUCGUCAAAAGUGAACGAUUUCGGGCUUGGAUUACUUCAAAAUCUUCCGAUGCAUUACUGGUCAACAAUGAUUCGGUGAACAUCUAUCGGGGAGCGAAUACGGUGUCUCUACUGACAGAGCUAACCUUGUUGCUCUAUGAGAAGUUAUCUAUCUUGCCAAAAGCCGAAAAGGUCUUCACUCUCAUGUAUCCUUGUGCUGAAUACCCUGCAACCAUCGGAGACAUGACCACUGUGCGACGUAUGCUUCGACAUUUGACUUCUCAGUACUAUGAUAAUGACAGAGAACAUUGGGACAAGCAAAAAUUUGUCCGCAAGUAUAUAAGUACAUUGAAAAGCAUCCGUGAAGAAAAACCGGAAAAGGAGCAAGAGAAAACCAAUCUUCUCAGUGAUCUGUUCAUCGGGAUGCUUGAAGAAGCUCAACCGGAUCAAGUAAUUUACAUAUUGAUCGAUGGAUUCGACCUCGUUGAAAUGGAUGAACCGGAAGCAAACAAGUCGGACUUUUGGUGGCUUCUUACAUGCUUCUACAGCUUGAUCAAAGAUCUCAGGAAGCUCAAGAAGCCCCAUCCUGUCAUCAAGUUGUUGAUUACGUAUCAUGGAACCUGCCAAGAUGAAACGCGUGCUGUUUGGAAAGAUUACCUCAUGGAUAUAUCUAAACCUAAUGGGCUUUGA